AUGGAGCAUGACGAACGCGACGGGGAGUCUCAGCCGCCCUUGAAGCGCCAUCGGGCAAGUCGUGCUUGCCAGGCCAAGUGUUUCGAAUGCCAUCAACCUGGAUGUGGCAAGCGGUACUCACGAGCAGAGCAUCUGCAUCGCCACGAGCUCAAUCAUAACCCGAAGAAGGUGUACACAUGCGAAUUUCCGGAUUGUGGCCACACAUUUGUUCGACCAGACCUCUUUGCCAGGCAUAAAGCACGGCACGAGGAGCAGCCUAUCGCAAGCACUCCCGCCGAUGCGGCAAAGACAGCCUCGGAUGUCGACAGCGGUGUCGAACAGCCAGUACAGCACCAGAAUAAUCUCACCUCCCCUGCUUAUACUGCUCCGGUGCCGAAUCCCAAUCAGAAGCCGCAUGCUGAGCCUGGAAACACCGUAACUGACUGGGCUGUACCUCCCCCAGAGACUUUGCUGACACCCGGUACUUCUACGAUGUCUGCUGGUCCGUCGCUCUCUAUCCCACUAGACGGGUCUGAAGCCCAAUCUAGUGCGUCUGAUGGCCAUCAUUGGGUUGCUGCAAACACGUUUUCAACGCAGACGAACGACAAUUUUGCCAAUUGGCUCUUUGAAAGUCCAGGGUCGCAAUACAGCGAGUUCAAUUUGACCAAUCUGCCUUUCCUCGAUUUUGGCCUGGACUACUCUCCGAAGGAUUUAUGGAACUUUGACGACCACGGUUCGAAUAGUGACCCUCAUGGAUCAGGGUCUCAUCCAGUCACACCGAACAUCGCACCUGGGGUGGUGAACACACAUCCCUAUGACAAGAGGGUUUCUGAACAGCUUAAAGCACAGAUCGUAACACUGCUUGCGCAAUUUUGUAGAAAGGAACACGAGAAGAGCGCUGCUUGGCGCCAAGUUCCGGACCAUUUACUGUUCAGCCCGGAUGGACAGCAUUUCCCAAAUUUAAACGCGGACGUCCUCGAUAAUCUCCUGGCAACCUAUUGGCUUAGCAAGCAGAUGCCCAUCAUUCACGAGCCAACAUUUUCCACCAAAAGCGCGAAUAUCUUGUUAGUCUUAACCAUGGUCGCAAUGGGUGCGUAUGACCUGGUACGAUCAAGACCAAAGGGAGAUCUAGAGCAAUAUAAAGAGCUGUCCCUUAUGAUAAUGACGCAUUUGCGCUGGGAAAUCUUCACCGACAAAGACGCACAACCUCCCGUACAGCUAUGGGUCGCUCAGUCCCUGUUAUUACUUGAGUACUACGAGAAGCAGUGCUCGACCCGCAAGCUUCACGAGCGAGCUCACAUACACCAUGCCUCGACCUUGACGUUACUUCGAAGAGGCAGCCCCCUAGUAGGUCGUUCAGACAGCGAAAGCCCUGUCAGCGGAACACCAACUCGAGCGACAACACCUGUUCGACACCAGCCAGACAGAAAGCCUGACUCUGCAGAUUCGUGGUGGAUACAAUGGGUCAGGAAUGAAUCGUUCAAUAGGGUCGUAUUCACAGCCUUGCAAAUGGACACUUUACACGCAGUAAUAUAUGGCCACGCAGCAGACAUGGCGCCGUAUGAGAUACGGCUGACAUUACCUUGCGAUGACUCAUUGUGGGAUGCGAAGAGUGCUGAUGAGGUUCAAAAGCUGGAUGCCAAUCUGAAGAUGUACGGCAUCAAGCCCCUCAACUUCCUCGACGGCCUGAAACGAUGCCUGCAUGCUCACGAGGUACAAACUCACGCACCUGCACGUAUGAUAUUGAUGGCGGGCCUCUUAAGUGUUGGUUGGCACAUUAGCCGACGAGAAAAGCAUCUGCAGUUUCUGGAAACCGUGCCUUCAAUACGAGAGCAGGCUCGCUGGAGGACUCUGCUUCUGAAUGCUUUUGGGUACUGGAGAACCAGCUUUGACGAGGCGGUUGGUUCCCGGCAGAGCAGCCUCAUGGCUUCCAAACAACAAGAGAUGAAUAUAGCAAAGUCUGCGGUUCUUUUCCAUCUUGCUCACAUGACGUUGCAUGCCGAUAUCAUCGAUUGCCAAAUAUUCGCGGGGACAAAGCGGUUGCUUGGCCGAAGAGUUGCAAAGAAGGUGAGCGACGACUUGCUUCAAAGCGUAUUGAGGCUAUGUCUAACGCGAAACAGGACUAUAUCAAUGUCGUUCAACGAAUGA